GGACUAACGGGGUGCGGACUCAAAUACGUUCGUGACUUUCGGAGGGAUUCGGAGGCCGGAAAGCGGGAAAUAUUCUGGAGGAAAGUUCAUUGCUGAGGAGAAAACAGGCAAAACAAAAAUGGGUUCUGCUCUGAGUGGAGCAAUGAAAGAAACAAUGGAUGACAACAUGAAGAAGAAUCAAGAGUUUAUGUUGGAAACUCAAAAAAUUCAGCUAGGAAGACAACUUCAGAUGCAGAAUGCCAUGAGAGAAAGACAAAUGUCCAUGCAACUGGCUGCAGCUAGAGAAAUGUUUUAUUGGUUGGCUUCAUUCUAUGGGAUUGCGAGCGUUGGUAUGUUUGCUGGGUUCUCGAAAUCCAAGAAGCCAGCAGUUUUAAUUCCUUUCCUUCCUCUUACCUUUAUUGUGGCAUAUCAGGCUGAUUAUGUUUAUGGAACCAAAAUGAGCAGGAUAAGGGAGGAAGCUGAGCACAUCAUGAAAGAAGAACGAGCAUUCCUUGAACUUCCAACUGGAAUGCCUGAUUAUCAAUCAAUUGAGGAGGCAAGACUGAAGGCAGAAGGAAAAUCAUCCUAAACACUCUUUAGUCUCAUAAACCAGUGCAGCUGAAUGCAUGAUAUACCUCUGUGCAUACAACGUCUAUUACUUACAUGUACACAAAUUAUAAUGGAGACUCUUUCUUCAGUGUAAACAUUCUAUGCAAUUCAAUCUUUACUUUGCAAACAGGAUACAUGUUAAACCUACAACUGUAUGUAACCAAUGUGUUGUUCCAGCAAAUAUACCCUCAUAUAGAUAGAAUUUUUUAGGCUGCACAAUGUACACUUCCAUUCAAGGCUAUUCAAAUUAUACUCUUGAUAACAAUUUAUGGACUUUGUGCUAAUACAUGUACAGACACUAUAAGAGGUCACCAAUAAACUAAGUUCAUCGGAUGGAGAAGUUAA